CUGAGAUACAUAUUUAUUUGUCUAGUCCAGUUAACUUUUUCCCUUUUGAUUGUUAACAUCAAAACAAAAAUCUAAGAGCAGAAACUCUGUUCUAAAUCUAGAAUGCCGUCCUACAAUGAACGUAGAGACAUUAUUAAGCUAUCAUUGUGCAAUUUGAUACUAGGACCAAUAAUUUUUAUCUUGGGAAUCGUAACCGAAGUUCAAGAUUAUGUGGAAAAAAGAGACACCAAAAAUGCAAACGAGAACGAUCUAACACUGAAAUAUUAUCCGCUUUUCUGGGCCCAUGGUUCCCUCAUAUUUUGCUCCUUUGUUUCCGGAUUGUGCGCAAAUUUCGCAGUCACCGUGUUCUGCAAGAGUAAUUGGGAGAUCAAAUUCUUAAAAGUGGCGACGUUCUUGGCGAAAGCGUUAUUCUGUCAAAUUCUGCUGUACUUUUUCUACAACGUUGAUCCGAUAGGGUGGAGAACGCAUAAUGGACUUCUGGGGCCACGGGGACCGAUUGAGUUGCCCGUCUGUACAUGUUUUUAUUGCUUUGUGGUGCAAUACUAUUAUGCGACGGAGUGUACAAAAUUUGUAAAAGAGGCACAAAAGCUGGCAAAAGUUCGACAAGGUAUUGAAAGGAGGGUGCAGCAAAACAGAAGAUGAUUUCUGGAGGAAUUUAUGUUCGUAUUUUUUUGCAAUAUAUAUUUCAGUUUGAUAGAUAUGGUUUUAUAAAAGCUGCAAGCUUAAGGAUUUAAUUAUUUAAUCGUGCGUUUAUGUAAAUAUGUUAUUUAUAAAGACAAUUAAUAAGUAUUCAGUGAGACUUAUCAAAAUUAUAUGCAUACUGCGAAAAUAUUAUAUUAUCAUGGUUCAAAAAUCUGUAUUAAUUAAGAAAUUAUUUAAGUAAUGUUAUUUUUAAGCAUUAACUAACUAUGUGUCUGGUUCGCUGGUGUGAAGUCGAGUAAAAAUUUUUACAUGAUUUUUCAUAA